AUGGUCAUUUUAUCUUCCAAACUCGCCGUGACCACGAGAGCGGUCUGUGGUGGCGGAGAAAGUUUGGACACUGAAGAGUAUCGGGCAGCAAGAGACCGGACACCGGGAGUCACAGCAUCGGCGCGUGGCUUCGGUGCCCUGAAAUACACCUGCUACCCAGAGAACAACCAGCCCGAGUGGACAUGCACAGAGGUUUGUCAGCUCAAUGGAACAACAGAGUGGGCGCUCGUGGUGCUGAUGCGACAGCUCCCUUCGGCUCGUGCAGCACAAGGGCGCAGCUGCUCCAACCCCGGGCGAGUUCCACGCUCGAACCCCCUCGCGUCGCUGACCUGGAUGCUGCUGCUCCUGUUUAAGGAGGGCUUCGCUCUGGCUCAGAAGACCAAAGAGCCCCAGAGUGCGGUCCAGUUGCCUCCUAAGUCGGGUCGGCAGAAGCCUGAUAACUGUGGCACGUGGGUGCGCAACCUCAACGGGGGCGAGUUCACUUCCCCCAACUACCCCAACUCCUACCCCGCCAACAAAGAGUGUGUCUUCAUCUUAGAGGCUUUCCCUCGUCAGAGGAUCCAGCUGGAGUUUGAUGACCUCUACUACAUUGAGGCGUCGUUUGAGUGUCGCUUUGACAACAUCGAGGUCCGUGACGGCCCGUUCGGCUUCUCGCCGCUGAUCGACCGCUUCUGCGGGGCACGCAGCCCCGGCCUGGUCACCUCCACCGGACGCUUCAUGUUCAUCAAGUUCAGCAGCGACGAGGAGCUGGAGGGGCUGGGCUUCAAGGUGCGAUACUCCUUCCCCCACGACCCAGAGUUCCACCUGCACGUGGGGGGGCUCCUCAACCCCAUACCAGAUUGCCAGUUUGAUCUGACAGCGCCAGACGGCACCAUCCGCUCCAGUCAGGUGGAGGAGGAGGGAAAGGUGAAGCCUGAAGAGGCUGUAGACUGCAUCUGGACCAUCAGAGCACCACCCAGAUCUAAGGUGUACCUGCGGUUCCUGGAGUACCAGAUGGAGAACUCUAACGAGUGCAAGAAGAACUUUGUGGCGGUGUACGACGGCAGCAGCGCCAUCGAGGACCUGAAGGCCAAGUUCUGCUCCACCGUGGCCACCGACAUCAUGCUGGACCACGAGGUGGGCGUCGUGCGCAUGUGGGCCGACGAGACCAGCCGCCUCAGCCGCUUCCGCAUGCUCUACACCAUCUUCGCCGACCCUCCGUGUGGUCCCAACACGUUCUUCUGCCAUAGCAACAUGUGCAUCAACAACACGCUGGUGUGUAACGGUGUGCAGAAUUGUGUGUUUCCCUGGGAUGAGAGCAACUGCAAGGAAAAGAAGUCCAAGGGCUUGUUUGCGCAGAUGAGCCGGACGCACAGCAUGGUGAUCGCCGGCAGCUCUGGACUCGUCUUGCUGCUGCUGGCGGCGUCCAUCUGGGUCCAGGUGCGGCAGCCGCGGAAGAAGCUUCUGCCCCGACGCUACAGCCGCACUGACCUACAGGAGGCCAUGGAGCUAGAGCCCCCUCACUACGAGCUGUUCUCCCUGCAGGAGCGGCGCGUGUCCUCUGGGGAGGCGGGUGUGUGUGAGGAGCUGGACGGCUUCCAGAAGCUGCGGCGUGCGUCCAGUGCGUCCCGCUGCGUCCACGAGCACCACUGCGGUGCCAACGCGCCCGCCGCUCUGCCCGCCGCUCUGCCCGCUCUGCCCGCUCUGCCCGCCGCCCUCCUCGGCCCCCGCCUGUCGCAGGGCUCUCUGGAGCUGGCACAGGCGCAGGCGCAGGCUCUGAGUCGUGGCGCGGGGCUGCGGGGGUUCGGCAGCUGGCACGGGAUGCCCUGCCGCGCGGGCAUCGCCCACUCUGCCCACACCGCCCACAUGCACCGCAGGCACAGCCUGGACGAGGAGCCUGGCGAGGAGGAGGAGGAGGAGGAGGAGGAGGAGGAAGGGCCGGAAGAGGACGACGUCUACGCCCACGAGAUGAUGGAGGGCACCAGCCUGGAGCAGAGGGUGAUGGAGGAGAUCGGGUGCCAGGCCUUCGGAUGCAGCCAUAACCAUGGCAACGCCGUGCAGCACAGAUCCCUCUCCAUGGACUUCUGA